AUGCUCACGACCGCCGAGAUGCAGGUCGUCCAUCCGCCGUCUGCCAGCUUUUCCCACUUUGAUGAAGAUGCCCUCCUUCAGGUCAAUCAGGUGUAUCAAGCCAACUACUUUGGCUGCGCCCUCACUCGCGGUGGCACGAACGAAGACAUGGAGUGUCUCUCUGAGAGAGCUGUCCGGCGCAUGCUGAACACUGGUGUGCGGCCCCUUCGUGUCGCCCUGGUCAUGGCUGGCAACAGCAUCUCCCUCGCCAACUUGGAUAAGAAUCGUACCCUCCUCAGCUUCAACGUGCGCGAAAUGCGGUGCUUCUCUCGCCAUCGUGACCACCGCAGCGGCAAGCCCAAACUCAUCUCCAUGAUGACGGUCAACCGCUUCACCAAGGACAAGAACAAGCCAUACCAAUGCAUCAUGAUUCACUUUCACACCACUGCCGAGGCCGACAGCUUCUGCUACAUGCUCAACUACAUGUGCCAGGAGUUGUUCCGCAAGCAACGUCAAAUUGAUGCAGCCCGUGCGGCCACCCUCAACUACCCCCACACCACAGACGAUACCGGCCUAAUCGACUCGGCCCCGCCUAGCCCCUCAACGCGCGCUAGCAACCGACUUUCCAUCAGCCGAGAAGCGCAAGGUGCCCGACCCCUUUUUAGCGCUGACACAGGCUGCAAGGACUCACGCCAACGCCGACGCAGUAGCUACCAGGCCCGGCUGCCCGGUAGUCAACCUCAGACCCCGCGCAUGAGCCUCACCCAAUCGCCGCGGGCCAGCAUCACUCUCGCCAACUUCAACACAGCCGCGCUGGGAAGUAAACGUCCUAGCAAUGCGGGAUCGAGUCGCAAGGCCUCCAUCAUGAUUGAAGAACCUUUCAGCCACAGCCCCCCACGCCCCGACUGCCUGGCCCCCGUUCGUGUCGGAUGGAAUUAG